AUGUGGGGAGCUCCAAACGGCAGUGAGAUUUUUAAUAUGAGCAAAUUAAUUGCUGCUGACAUUAAGAGCUUAAAGGAUAGCCAGGGUAUACAGGGGCUAACUUGUCUUUGUAUUUUAUCACCAACAAAACUCUUGUGGUUUAUUGCAGGCCCACAGUUAGCUCUGGCAAGACUUCUGUCAGAGCUGCGUUGCACACCAGGAGAAUUUUCUUGCAAGACUGGGACUAUUCAGUGUAUUCCUCUAACCUGGCACUGUGAUGGUUGGCAAACCUGUGAAGAUGGCAGUGAUGAACUGGAUUGCCCAGUGGGACGAACUACAGCUGACUUUACAAAACUGAAACCAGGCAUAACUGGCGAUCACCGAGUCCACGAUGCUAAAGACAGCAAGGACUCCAAACAUGGUCGUGGCAGAGCAGGGGAGUCCACCCGCUUCUACCCCGUGAAUGUGGCUCAGCCGUUUGAGUUUACCAGAAAGUGCCCUACAGGCUGGCAUCACUAUGAGGGGACUGCCAGCUGUUACAGAGUGUAUUUAAACAAUGAAAACUAUUGGGAUGCUGUACAGACAUGUCAGAAAGUCAAUGGAUCUUUGGCUACUUUUACCACUGACCAGGAGUUGAGCUUCAUACUGUCUGAAGAAUGGGACUUGGAAGAGAGGACACUGAGCCGUAAAGACCAGAGGAGAUUCUGGGUUGGCUAUCAAUACAUAAUUACCAACCUAAGCCGAACUUCACUUGAGGGACAAUGGGAAGUGGCUUACAAGAGUAGUUCCACUGAGGUUUUCCUGCCACCAAAAAAAGUGCCUAGAUUUGGGAUGACCAUCUCUGACCAGGAGACUGUGCUGUGUGCUCAGUUGCAAUGCUCCCAUUCCCCCAGCCUCCGGCACCAUGGCUUGCACAGCUGGUAUGCUGAGAACUGCAAUGAAAAAUCAGCGUUCCUCUGCAAAAGAAGUAUAGGAGGUGUGGUGACAAAAUUUGCAGUCGAGUCGAAACUGGGAGGUGUGGUAAACAGUGAAACAGUGAAGAAUAAAGAAGCUGCCUACAGUGGUCAAACCUGUGUGGAUAUAAAGGAUAACAUCGUGGGGGAGGGGUAUUAUUUCACCCCGAAAGGCAAUGAUCCAUGUCUGAGCUGCACCUGCCACAGAGGGGAGCCUGAGAUGUGUGUGGCUGCUCUGUGUGAGCGCCCACAGGGUUGCCAGCAUUAUGAGAAAGAUCCAAAGGAAUGCUGCAAGUUCACCUGUCUCGAUCCAGAUGGAAACAGUAUUUUUGAUUCAAUGGCCAGUGGAAUGCGCCUGAUUGUGAGCUGCAUCUCCUCAUUUCUCAUCCUCUCGCUGCUGCUCUUCAUGGUGCAUCGGCUUCGCCAGAGACGCAGGGAGCGCAUUGAGUCUCUUAUAGGGGGGAACUUGCAUCACUUUAACCUGGCCCGCAGUCGAAUGCCUGGCUUUGAUUAUGGCCCAGACAGUCUUGGUUCGGGCCUGACUCCCCUACAUCUGUCUGACGAUGGUGAAGGAGGAGCAUUCCACUUCCACGAUCCCCCGCCUCCAUACACCGCCUACAAAUAUCCAGAUAUACAGCAUCCUGAUGACCCUCCACCUCCAUAUGAAGCAUCCAUUAACCCAGACAGCAUGCUUUGUGUCAGCCCAGCUGACGGUGGUCUGCAGGUGUCGGACCCGAGCAGUCAGUUACCUUUCCGAGCGGGUGAGGACGCUGAGCUGGCCGAGGAGGAGGAUUCCAGCCUGGCUCCAGCCGCGGAGGAGCUCGAGGAUUCCGUGGACAGCAGCAGUCUGUUAGUACCACACGACACCUUGGAGAAUCACAGCACGUCCUCCGAAAGUGUAGCAAUGAGCCGGAACAGUAACUGUUCAAUUAAUACAGUUGUAUAAAUGGGGGGAGGGGGGCGGGUGGGGGGGCGUGUUUUAUCAUUGUUUUUGAAUUUGGAGCAGCUAUUUGCACACUGCUGUACAGAUGACACGACUCUGAUGACUUAAGUAACAAAGCUUUUUGUUUGUUUUCCAACACUCAGCUUUUCUGUUUUGUUUUUUUUAGAGUUGCUCUUGUGUAUAUAUUGAUUGUGGAUUCCCACACGUUUCCCUGAGAGACUCUGGGUACAUUAGGACGUUAGGAGACUAAUGGGCAGCUGUGUUUUCUUUUUUUCUACGCGCUCUGCAUAUGAAUGCAGGGCUUUGAGCGACUCCGAGACUGAGGUGGUUGUGCAUGCUGAAUAUGUGCCACCAUCAGUGUUGCAUAUAAGGAAGAACUUGAGUUUAUUGGAAACGGCAAGGCCUUCCUGUGAAAGAGCUGAGUGCGAUUGAUCUGGGUCUGGCAUUGCAAUCACCUUUUGUGAAAAUUCGUCACCGUGGGCCUAGUGACACCUCCAGUGUCACAGAGGAGGGCGUGAGUUCUGUCUGUUCUGAAUCAUAAAGCAUCAGUGAAUGGAUUAUCUACUGAGCAGAUUCUUAUAUUUGUAUUUUGUAACUGUUCUAAUCUUUUCCCCCACUUGUAAUAUUUUCAGAUGUGUUGAUUUUCACUGAGCGGCAUUAAAGCGGUUAUUGGAUCUUGCACUGAGCAGACAGUGAGAUAUUUUCUGAUUGUGUUAGCAAGACUCCAUUCAGUUGGAGCCUUUGUGAAUGCGAGGCUGCUUUUGUGUUGUCCUUUAACCAUCUAUAACUCCUGUCUCUCUCCUUCCAGCCCUCUGUCACCCACCCAUCUCCCCACCCACCCUCCCAGCACAAACAAAUCUCUUUGAAAGUCUGCAGUUACAAAAUGUUUGUAUCUAGUUUGUCUGUGAUUGAACUUACUGUGGGAGUGUAAAGAUUUUGAUAUUCAAUGAAAUGCAAUGUAGAAAAUUAAAUUUGAUACUGGUAAUUGGUCCCUGUGUGUUUUAGGGUUUUUGUUUCAGUUUCCAUUUUUAUUUUUGUUUUGUUUGGGGGUGGGGGGGGGCAGCACUUCAGGAUAAAAAUGUGUUUCUCAAGUUGCUGUUAACAUUUCAUCAAAAUGCCAAAUAAAUUAUAUAAUGGAGAAA